UUUAAAAGCUAUGGAGACCUACAACCAACCUUCUUGUGCUACUUCUCAACUCAAAAGAACCAAGUUAAUUGAACUAGAGGUAAAGUUGUUGGCUGCAGAACAGCAUUUCCAUCAGAUGAAGAACACUUUUGAUGAAGAUUACCUCUCUUUAAGCCUGUAUGAAGAAACUUAUUAUGAGGUUCACUUUGAUGAGAAGUAUUCAGACUCUGUCUUUAUAAAAGCAGCAAAAGGCCCACUAAGAUUUACAACAAGCAAGCAAGAAAUGAGGAUUUUAUGUGAUAAUAAUGCGAUGAAAAAUAAGAACUUCAAGAGAUUCUGGAAGUUGGGUAACUCUAAAUUUGAAAUCUUCAAGCUUUGGCCAAGAAGGUUCAGAUAUUCCAUUCCAAAUAUAAACCCAUCUCCAAUUUUCCCUGAUUUAAUCAGGGUUCUUUGCAAUGUGACAAGAGAAAUGACUUUCACUAAAUUUGUUUUUGAUUGUAAAUAAGCUUGUAAGUAUUUUAGCAGCCUGUUCUCAGAGUGAUCAUGCAUUUUUCGCGCAAUGUAACAUUGUUGGUCGUAAAGUGACUACUCAGAUUAAAGGACACUCAAAGCUUCAAACACUUAGGCUCCUAAAGAGAGGCAAUCAUCACGAUUACAUGUGGGAACCAACCUAUGUUGAUAAAUUUCUCCACUGAGUAUCUAUUUGUCCAUGCCAAACAACUUUAAAGAGUAUAUUGCUUGAAAAUUUGAGACUAAAUACCCAAGAUAGUAUUAACCUUAAAAGCAAGUACGGAUUUGACAAUGCUGAAAUUAGGAUAAGGAAACUUUCCUAAAAUGAACAUUGGUAAGAAUUUAUCAGGUUUCCAUUAAUCUUCAGGCUCUUCAACAUGUAUUUAUUUUAUCCAAAUAUUUUAUUUCAAA